AUGACAGUCGGUGAAAAACACACCAUUAGCAGUGUUCAUACACUUGCUCAGGAAAAUUCUGCUGUUAUACAUGAAAUUCGAGAUCAAUUGAUGCUUCUCGCUAAUGAAGCAGCUACUCGUCGUGCUGAGACAAAUGAUAACUUCGAUAGAAUCUUCACUGCCUUACAAAACCUUCUUCCUCCUGCAACUGAUGAACCAGCUGAGGAAAUUCUGGAUCCAGAUAUAGUUGAUAUGGAUGCAAUUCAUUUUGAUUCUAAAGUAGAUCCAUGGUUCUUAAAUUAUCAACAAGGUAAACAUGAAAUGUCUUGGGAUUCAUUUGUUCAAGCUCUGUGUAUUCGAUUUGAGGAUGUAGCAACUGAUAAUUAUGUUGGUAGCUUUAACAAAUUAUCUCAGAUUACUACUGCCGAAGACUAUUAUGAUCAAUUUGAGCAUUACAAAGCCUAUAUGGUAGCCAAUAAUCCUACAUUACCCGAGUCCUUCUAUACCUUGAUCUUUAUUAGUGGUUUGAAAGAUGAAAUUCGUACCACAGUUCAAAUGUUUCGACCAAAGGAUACUUCUAGAGCCUUUUACUUAGCAAGAAUGCAACAAGCUUCACUUAUGAGCUCUUCUAGACCUGUAAAAAACCCUGCUAGGCCAUUCUUUCCAUCACCCAUUUCAAUUCCUCCAAACCCAUCCACCUCUAAACAAUACUUCUCUUCCUCCUCUAAUUUUCAUAAACCUUCUACUUCCUCUGCACCCCCAUUCAUUACUCAUCCUACCGCACCCACUAAAACUGAUCCACCACUCCCAUCUGUAAAAAAACGUACCCCUCAACAAAUGAAGAUUCGCAGAAAUAAGGGCCUAUGCUACAACUGUGAUGAGUUAUACAUGACUGGUCAUGUUUGUAAAACUCAACAGUUAUUUAUGCUUGUUGCUGGUGAAGAAAACCUCAGUGAUCACAGUGAUGUCUCGCCAGAGGAACCUAUGGCAGAUUCUCCCUCUAGUUCUGACACCAUUAUGGAGAUUUCGCUACACGCCUUAACAGGCCAAUCUGUUCAGGACACUAUUCGUAUUUCAGGACAUCUCCAUCAACAAGCUAUCAUGGUUUUGAUUGACAUGGGAAGUACGCAUAGCUUCAUCGAUUCUCACUUGGCUGACAAGCUUAAUGUUCACAUUUCACCUACAGCUCCUAUGCUUGUAACUGUUGCCAAUGGAGAUAGCACCAUCAGCAAGGGUAUGUGUCGUAACCUUCACUGGGAAAUGCAGGGUUAUAACUUUUCUAAUGAUUUGCGCGCUCUUCCUCUCGGCGGCUGGUUGUCACAUUACUUUACAAGGUCACUCUCUAAGCCUUCACUCAGUCUUUUAAGUGCUACUUCUUUUAAGAAAUUUAUCAAAAGUAAGGCACCUACCUUAAUAGGCCAGUUUUUCCAUGUUCAUGCUACCCCUAUGCAACUAAUUCCUAGUGAGGUUUCUACUUUAAUAGACUCUUUUUAUGAUGUCUUUUCAAAACCUACACAACUACCACCUUCUCGUCCACUGGAUCAUAGGAUUCCACUUAAACCUAACUCCACACCCCCUUCUCAGAGACCAUACAAAUGCCCCUUCAUUCAUAAAGCUGUUGUGGAACAACUGCUCAAUGACUUGACUGUGAAGGAUAAAUUUCCAAUACCCUUAAUUGAGGAGCUGUUAGAUGAGUUGAAUGGUGCAGUUAUCUUUACGAAGCUUGAUUUAUUGUCAGGUUAUCACCAGAUUUUGAUCUACCCACCUGACAUCCCCCAAACUGCUUUUCGCACCCAUCAUGGACACUACGAGUUUCGUGUCAUGCCAUUCGGCCUCAUGAAUGCACCUGCGACAUUCCAUGCAUUGAUGAAUGAAGUUUUUCAACCAUUUCUUCGCAAGUUUGUACUUGUCUUUUUUUACGACAUUCUUGUAUACAGUUCUUCCCUUGCAGAUCAUUUGAAACACCUUACUCUGGUUUUUUCUUUGUUACGCCAACAUUCUUUGUAUGCCAAAUUCUCCAAGUGCAGUUUUGCUCAGCCACAACUCGAGUACUUAGGACAUAUAAUCACUGGAAAUGGUGUAGCUGCAGACCCUGAUAAGGUUGCUGCUAUGGUUAGCUGGCCUCAACCAACAACAUUGAAACAGCUAAGGAGUUUCUUAGGGCUGACUGGUUAUUAUCGAAAAUUCAUAAAGGGGUAUGGUAAUAUAUGCAAGCCGUUGACUGAGCUGUUGAAGAAAGACUCAUUUAUCUGGAAUGAUGAUGCAACAACAGCCUUCUCCGCUAUCAAAUCAGCAAUGAAUCAAGCUCUAGUUUUGGCCUUGCCGGACUUCACCAAACCAUUUACCUUAGAGACUGAUGCAUGUUCACGGGGUGUUGGUGCAGUACUUCUACAAGACAACAUGCCAAUUGCAUUUUAUAGCAAACCCUUAGGCCCCAAGGCAUUGGCUUUGUCUACUUACGAGAAAGAGUUUUUGGCCAUUGUAAUGGCAAUUCAUAAAUGGAGGUAUUAUCUCUCCCAUAAUCAGUUUAUCAUCAACACCGACCACCAAAGCCUGAAGUAUCUUAUGGAACAAAAACUAUCAUCAGCACUGCAACAGAAAUGA